AAAGUAAAACGAAUUCUCAUAUAAACAACAAUAAAAACUAGAAACUAGAAAGGGGUUUCCUGAUAAACCAGUGUCUCUCUACCUCCUCUUCUGUUCAUUGCGGCUAGGGUUUCACCGAACCCAACUAUCUUUUUAUCCUUUAACAUAGAUCUGUUAUAUUUAUAAUAAUGGUCGUGAAUGAAGAGUUCAAUUAAGGAUUUGUGCUUUUGAUAUAUCUGAAAAGCUAGGGUUUAUCUUCUGGUGGCUGCAAAAUGGCGACAGUGAAUCCAUUUGAUUUGUUGGGAGACGAUGAUACGGAGGACCCGUCGCAGCUUAUCCAAAAGAUUGAGCCGAAGAAAGCCCUAGCUCCCUCGACGCCGCCCAAGCAUCAGCCGCAAACUAAGCCGGCUGCUGCUGCGGGGAGUGCUAAGCUUCCUUCGAAGCCUCUUCCCCCGGCUCAGGCUGUCAGGGAGGAAAGGCCUGAAUCUGCACGAGGAGGCCGUGGUGGACGAGGAUAUGGGCGUGGCCGUGGUCGUGGCCGUGGGUACAAUAGAGACUCAACCAACAAUGGGAACUCGUAUGGAAAUGUGGAAAUUUCUGGUGGUCAAGGGGAAUCCGGUGAGGCCGAUGCCAAGAAACCUUUUGAAAGGCGAGGUGGCUAUGGUGGAUCUCGUGGUCCUUAUGGUGGCGGUCGCCGAGGUGGUUUCAGCAAUGGAGAAGUGGGGGAAGGUGAACAGGAAAGGCCACGUCGUGUUUUUGAUCGCCAUAGUGGCUCUGGGCACGGAAAUGAGAUGAAACGUGAAGGAGCUGGCCGAGGUAACUGGGGAGCUCAGACCGAUGAACAGAUUGAAGUUACUGAUGAAGUCGUCAAUGAAGGUGAGAAAAAUCUGAAUGCUGAGAAGCCUUCAGGAGAGGAGGAUGCAGUAGAUGGAAACAAGGAAACAUCUGCAAUUGAAAUUGAAGAGAAGGAACCUGAGGAUAAGGAGAUGACUCUUGAAGAGUACGAGAAGGUUCUAGUGGAGAAAAGGAAGGCUCUUCAUGAUCUUAAAAUCGAGGGGAGGAAAGUCGACGUGAAAGAGUUUGAAUCUAUGCAACAACUUGCAAACAAGAAAAAUAAUGAUGAUAUAUUCAUCAAAUUGGGCUCUUUUAAGGAUAAGAAGAAAGAAUUGGCUGAGAAGGAAGAGAGAGCCAAAAAGUCUGUCAGCAUUAACGAGUUCUUGAAGCCACCUGAGGGUGAUAGGUACUACACUCCUGGUGGCCGCGGUCGUGGACGUGGGCGUGGUUCUAGAGGAGGUUACAAUGGAGGUGGUGAGAUGAGCAAUGUGAAAGCACCUGCCAUUGAAGAUCCAGGGCAGUUCCCUACCUUGGGUGGAAAAUGAGAUACUUUUAUGCUUUCCUCUUGCCAUUUUAUCUCUACUUCCUCCUUUCAAAUGCAAUAAUGGAUGUCUCUGUAUCAAAAGAGUUCCUUAAGUUCAUGCUUAAAAUGUAUAUUACUGCGGUUAUUCUUGUGAUCAUCGCCCUUUUGCUAUUUCUCUAAUGCCAUGUCUGCUAUCUUUUUUAGAAUUUGGAGCAUAUGAAGAAGUAACUUAUGACUUAAUAUAUUUGUUUUGAAUACAGAAGGCAAUUUAGUUA